CGCAGGAGCCAGGAGGCGGUCAGCUUCGCGUGGUGUCACUGAGCCACAGGAACGACAACAACCGUGACACCUCCCUCCACGGAGCUCUUCCCACCGCCCACCGGCCACGGUGAGAACCGGCAGAACCAGACCCGCGGCUCCGGGGCCCGCCCGCCCCGCCUCCCGCCCGGCUUUGUCCGGCCGGAUGCUCGCUAAGGCCCAGAGGCUUCCUGUCCGCGGGACGAAGGCGCUCGGAACCCCAGGCCUGGGAGAACAUGGACACCCGCGCGCCCGAACCCCCGCACGGGGACGAGCUUCGGGAUAAGUUGCCUUAUAGGUCAAUUUUUCAGGUAGAAAAUCUACUUCAAGAACUUCAAGACCAUUUUCAAGCACUUAUUGCAACAUUAAACUGCAGAAUGGAAGAAAUGGGAAAUCAUAUUGAGGACUUACAGAAGAAUGUGAAUGACCUAAUGGUGCAAGCUGGGAUUGAAAACCGUUUUAAAGAACAAAUGAUCAGCAACAUGUAGCAUGACCAGUCCAAACAAUCACUAAAGAAGACCCCAAAGUCCAUCUAAAUCAAACCAACUGGAAAGAAGAAGCAAGUGUCUGUGAAGCUCGGACUUUGCUUCCAAGACAACCAGACUGCAACCCUAGUGACCAGCGCCUUUUUCUGCCCAAAGUGAGCUGUCCUGAGUCCUGAGAUCACCUUGCUCCACUCUGCCCUACAGAAGUAAUUACUGAAGAAAAGCAGGAAGAUUCAGGUCAAACUUAUCUUGUCGGUCAUGCAAAGAACUUUCAAAUAGUUAUUCAGCUUGCCUCUCUCCAAGCCAAAGUAAAAUGCAGUUAUUAUCUAAAAAGGGGUGGGGGGAGAAAAGAGGAUGGGAAAAUUAAAAAAUUAUGAUGUGCUGUGUACACGUACCAACUCCCUACGAUAAAUGUAGUUACUAUGUACUUCAAAUAUGUACUAAUAAAAAUAAAAAUUUGUUUCUCAUUUUAAAAAA